AUGAUUGUCUCCUAUCGACGAUUAUUUUCAACUUUAAUAACAAAUAAGAAUUAUUCAUGUCUAAUGAAAAUAGCAUCAUAUCAUAUUAAUACAAUUGAUACAAAAAAUCAAAUAACUGUACCACAUUCAAUGAUUAAAAAUAUUGAACGACAACGAGCAAAGAAAAUUUAUAAGAAAGAGCAAGAUCAAGAUCCACCAGGAGAUCGAACUCAACCAGCAGUUGUCGCUUGUAAACGUUCUGAAUUCAAUCAUUAUCCAGGACGUGAAUAUCGUCAUAUGACUGAUAAAGAUGUUGCGUCUAGUGCUUGGCAACAUCGAUUAUCAAAAGGUGAUUUUUUUACUAUUGAUCAUCACUUUAAAAAUCCAUCAUGGACACAAUCAACUGUACAGACAUUUGACCAACUCGAUUGUAAACCAGAACUUGUAGAAAUUCUUGAAAAAGCUAAUAUUCAUAAUCCUACUUCAACUCAAUCACGUGUUAUUCCAGAAUUACGAACAGGUCGACAUAUGAUUGUAGCAGCUGAAACUGGUGGUGGAAAAACAUUAGCAUAUCUUGUACCAUUGAUCGAAUCAUUGAUGCGAUGGAAAUCUGGAAAUCGUUCAGUACAUAUGGAAAAUGCACCAUUUGCAAUUAUUCUUGCACCAACACGAGAAUUAGUUGUUCAGAUUGAAAAUAUGUUACAAGUAUUUAAUCAACUAAAUAUUCGAACACAAAGUUUAGUUGGGAUUAAUACAGAUAAAGAUCCACUCAAUUUUACACUCGGCGAAGUUGAUAUUAUUAUUUCUACGCCUGGAGUUUUAUUACGACUUUUAAGACAAGAUGAACAUUUUGGUAUUGAAAGACGUUUAAGUGGUACGAAUCUUCGACAUGUAAUUGUUGACGAAGCUGAUACACUUCUUGAUAUUACAUUUAGUCCUGCUGUUGUUGAAAUUAUUCGACGCUUAGAAAUUGAUGUACAACCAAUAAAUGAUCUUGAACACGAUGCUCCACCAGCAGUUCAACUUGUUUUUGUUUCUGCUACAAUACCUACAGCAACUGAAGAAAGUUUAAAAGAAUUAAUUAGUGCUAAUCAAGUAAAUAAAAUGUUAACUCCAUCUGUACAUCGAAUUAUGCCACAUGUUCCUCAGAAAUUUUAUCGUAUUGGGAAUCAACAAAAACUCAGUCUUCUAUUGAAACUAGUUAAAUAUGAUUUAGAAAAGAAACAUCCUUGUUUAAUAUUUUGUAAUAAAACAAAAACAGUGCAAUUUCUUCAACAAUUUUUUCGUAAUCAACGUAUAGAAAUUCUUAUAAUGCAUAGUCAAAUGACAAAUACUAAACGUGCAAAUAAUCUCGAAAAAUUUCGAAAUGGUGAAAAUACAAUAAUGUGUGCUACUGAUCUUAUUUCACGAGGUGUUGAUACUUAUUGGGUUGAGCACGUAAUUCAAUUUGAAUUUCCUCAUUUUAUUUCUGAUUAUAUUCAUCGUACUGGUCGUGUUGGUCGUAUUGGUUCGAAAAGGCCAGGAAAAGUUACAAGUUUUGUUACUACUCCCAAUGAAGUUACUCUUGCUCAAAAAAUUGAAGUUACUGCUCGUAUGAACAAAAAACUUAGCGGAGUAAAUAAUGAUAUAAAAAAACAAUUAGAAUUACAUGCACAACAACGUGAGCAAAAUCAAGAAAAAAUUGAUAGUCGUCGAGCACGAGAAGAACUUUGCAAUGAAGUCAUUCGCUCAGCAAUGAGUUAA